AUGACAAAAAAUCCUUCGGUAUUGUGCGUAGUCGACACAAGAGACGACCAACAAAUUACAUCUGACUGUCCACUGUUUCGCGUACGCAUUUUGAAGUUCGAUAACUCAGCUACGACAUGUGUUUUUAGUGGAGCUACCGAUUGCGUCACUGUUGGAUUUGAAAAUGGACACAUAUUCCAGUAUGAUCUGAAAACUAAAGAUGAACCAUGUUUGUCUAAUGAGAAGGCUCAUAGGUACGCCAUUACUGACCUACAAUUGUCGCCAGAUGGGGCUUUCGUUAUUUCAUCAUCAAAAGACAAAACGGCUGCAUUACUCGACGUGUAUACUUUGGACAAUCUGAAACAGUACCGCUCUGAACGUCCAGUUAACUCCGCCUGUAUCUCACCAAUUCGUGAUCAUAUCUGUCUUGGAGGAGGAGAAGACGCUAUGCAAGUAACGCAAACAGCUGUGUCUGCUGGUCAUUUCGAAGCGAAGCUCUAUCACAUGGUGUUUGAGGAAGAAUUCGCUAGGUUUAAAGUCAGUUUUUUUCGGCGUCAUGGAUAG